CCCCGUCUCUGUAGUCCACCUCUACAGCAUGCAAAUUACUGAGCAACUCCAAUAUAUCGCAGAUUGGUUAACUACACGGAGCGCGCGGCGCGGCGCGAGAGCAGGACGCGGCACACGCUUUCAUCUUUUUUUGAGUGGACUGUAAAAGGAGGGGAAAUUAUCUCUUUUUGAUUCAAACUCUGUUUUUUUUCCCCUUUGCGAGUCGCACCUGCAACUUAACCAGAAUUCCCACUAAAAAGGAGGGAUACACACAUCAUCCCGGGACCGGAGUGGAACCUCACCGUGGGCUGCUCGAGCGUCGGAAUAAUUAGUCCCCGCUUUUUUUGCGACACAGGGAAGAAAAGAGAGGACAAGAGGGUGAAGUUUGCCUGUGUGUCAGCUGUUUUCUUUUAAAAAAAUAGGAGUGCGGGUGGACGGAGGAGAGGGAAAAGUGCGGAGUGGAGGAGGUUUGCCCCUCUUCAAUGCGUCCCUUCUCGGUGUCUACUCAUGGACUGAGUGCGGUGACAGCUGAAGCAGCCCUCCUUCUGGUUUUCCUCAGUUUUAGUCGGUAAGUCACGAAGCGGAGUCACCACAAAUAUCCCCCGCUGCCUGUUAACACCUUGAACUGUAAAAACGCUCAGUUAUGCUAAUGUCUUUUAACAGUGAUGGACCAGGUGGGCUUCCUGCUGUAUUUAUGAAAAACAGCCUUGGAAUCCAGGUGUUCAUUAUGGACAGGUUCCAACUAGCUCAAGUAUGCACUGCCCCCCUUUCACAUCUGACCAUCACCACCAUUCCUGUAAAUUAACUAAGUGAGCAAAACCUGUCAGGGUAAUUUACAGCUGCUUGUCAUUUUCAGGGUUUUUACGAGUAAAGAAAGUCCAGUAAAAAAACAGAAAAGACAGAGAGAAAUGCUUGGACUUGACAAGGAGGGAGCAGAUAGAGACCAGUGAGUAUUCCAGAGGGUCCUCCAUUACCUCCAGCACACCUGGCUGGUUGCCACACGCAGUUACUGUAUCCUACGGCUGUGCUGGGCUUAUGGUAAUGAAGACUGCUGCUGAGCUUAGACGGUGCUGUCAUUACCUCUCCUGGAUUCAAGAAAACUUUCCUUCAAAUGGCUCUUUUUUUCCCCUCUAAAACCGGCGCUACACUCCUCUAUUCCACUCGUCAUCUAAAGCCCAGUCUUUUACGCUUUUAUAACCCCUUUUUUGGCAUUUGUCCACAGCUAAAUAUAGUUGUUGCGCAUGAAUAUUCCUAAUUCUGUCAGUGGUCACAGGUGUGCUCGGCAAGGACCGCAUCAUGAUGUAAAGCAGCUAAUCAGAAAUGAUUGUUUUCAGGCCUUAUUUCUCCACAGGAUUUACAUUUCUAUUAUUUGUCCUUCCGUUUUUUGUUCAACAGGACUGUAUUUUCUUUUAAUGAGAGGGGUGAGGUUGUAGUCCCAUUUAACUGCGAGCUAAUGAAGAAAAGACGUGUCCAAUUAGCCGCACGGUGCAAAUUGCUUCAUUGAGUUUUGGUCCCCAAUUUUUCGCUUGGAUGAAUUAAUGAGUAAAAGUCUGAUGUCGAACCCCUCUAACAUAGACGUAUUCACUGCUUAAGCCCUAAUGUAUCCAGAUAACUUGAUUUUAAUUAUUGAUUAUGGCUUUCCGGAAGUACAAUAGCCUACGAGGGCCAAUUUAACACAUUAUGCAAAUGUCAAGAGGAUUUUUAACUGUGGUUUUGUCUCCUGCUUUAUUCAUGGCCUUGCUUCUUUUUUUUCCCAAUUAUAAGAUGUCGCCACAGCAUUAGAAUUUCGAACCCUGGCGCGACACUAAUUAUAAUUAAUCAAUAUUGAUGCUUGUUGAAAUACCACAGCAACAAACAAUUAACUCCUGGGCACGCAUUUUAUCGUUUUCCUUUACAGCUUGCACAUAGAGCUGAGAACACAGACCAGCAUUUGACAUACCGUUGACAACAACAAAGGGCAAUAUAAACAUGUGAGGAGAAAUUCCUUUAAGCUGAAAACUAUAAUCCAGAGGAAGAGUGUGGUGCUGUACGUUUACAGUGAUGUGAAGCUACCUCUCUACAGUCCGCAGAGCGAGACUAAUUGAAAACAUACUCUCCUCUGUUCUUUGUCUGGCUGCUGCAGACAUUAGAGUAACCCGUGUCUUUGUUGGACGCUACAGGACCUAACAAACAACAGGACUUCUCGGCCUAUGAAGGAGGAGAGUGAGUGGAAGGGCUGAGCAGAGACACACAGACACUCCUUGCAUUUUGGGGCCUCGGUGUGGGCGCUUUUUUUUUACGAUCUUUCAAGAGUCUAAAACAAUCAGAAAAUAACUUCUUGUUUUUGCAUAGUAUAAUUCACGCGCGCUCUCCAACUCUUAAACUUGUUUUAGAAGUAAUCCCCCACUUUGCUCGCCGCCUACGUCACAGUGUGACAUCACAGCAGCGUGACACAAUUUCGCCUGACACUAAAUUCAAGUUAAUGCGACACGGUCAAUAAAAGGCGAUUAAAGAGGACAUCCUGCAUCGUGUAUCAUCUCUUCUUAGCAUGUGGCUGUUUAUGACAAGAGAAAGACUAGCUUUGUUUGAGAGGAGACUCAAGGCCUGGAGGCAAAUACAGUGAGUUAUUUCUGGCGCUGAAUGAUGAUUGACGGCUCUAUGGACCAAUGAGAGGACUGCAGUGUGUUGGAUUCCACCCUUUAGGGUCAGAUAGGUACAGUUGAUGACCUGAUGGAAGGCUAUUUUGGCGCUUUUCCAAACUUAAGAUCGUGAAAGCGCGAAUAAUUUUCAUUGUAAUUUUUCUAGAUUUAACAGAAGUGGACCAGUUUCUUUCUCUUUAGGUGUCAAGAAGUUGGAAAUGUUAUGUUUUAUUGGUGCUUUUGGAUACAACAAAGCUGGGCAAUGAACUGAAUUUUAAUUUCAUAGCUUAUUUUGCUUUCUGUGAUCACAAAUUAGACGGUUAGUGAUCAGGCGUGUGUUAGUAAAGCAGAGGGACUAAGCGAGCAAGAGGAGAUUGCAAACCAACUGAGCAAGCUGUAGUCGAUAACAGGCACGCUUUGGCAGACAAAAAAGGUAGAACAUGUGAUCAAUUCACUUUGUGAAGAAAAACACCCCCCCCUUUUCACUCAGGCUUUAAUAGACCCGAAACAAUAGCACCAAACAAACCCUGUAAAUUGUUAAUUCGACCUCCAUUGGGCAAUUUAGUCGCAAUAAAGGAAACACGGUUGUGAGUUUGGAAAGUUGCUGCUGUAAAGUGUGAAAUAGCCAAAGGAAAUUUGUCUCCAGUUUAAAGAGUAUCGGCUCAAGGGUAGAGCAAAGAAGGCAGCAUUGUGAAACUUUAUUAAGACACACUGCUUUCAAACAGAAAAAAGCCUGCAGAUAUAUUGGUGAGCCUCUGCUUCUCUUCGACAAAGAGAAAGUAGGCACGGCUAGCCCACAGAAUAUUGAAUCAGUCAAAAAACAGGGCUGGAAACAGGAGCAGGGGAGUUGAACUAUCUCUUGCCUUUUGAGUGGGCGGAUGUCAUAAUUAUCAUUUUCUACAGGAUUGCGAUGGAGGGCCGCGGGCGCUGGCAGAAUCUCCGCAGAUAUGUGGGUGUAGCGGUGGUGUCGACCCUGUAGGGCAAGCCACAUCACUUCCAAUGCAGAGUAAAAAAGGGACAAGGCCCGCCAUAAUUGGUGCCUGGGAACACUGCAGGGCGCUCAGGGGACGUGAUGGACGGCCGGAGCCCGCACGCGCGCACAAACAAAGCCGCACAAGCGCGCUGAAACACACUAGCGCUCACGCACGCUCGUGGAGCAAUAGAGUGCAGGGGGCUCUAAUCUGCUAUCCCAUGUCAGGCUGAAAUGAAACAACCCCUAGCUGGACGCAACAAGUCUCACUAUCUCGCAUUCUCUGUCUCGGCCUCCGUCUCGUUCUCUGUUUCAGCCCCCGAGCAAAAGCAGCGUGACUUUGUGUAUAAGUAGAGCACGCAACUGUUGGUUGGUGACCUCCAAUGGAAGAGGGAGAACAAGGGUUGAUGAAAGAGAAGUUUUCGGUGCUAUCCAGACAGUUAGCUUGGAUUAGCAAGUAGGACCAUGCAGUUGUUGUAAAAAGCACUCCUUGCUCUUCCCUGUUUGUGCUUAGUCACUCUUCGGUGUGUUGCCGUUGUCCAAAGAGUGUGCUAUCUCCAGGACCUGGAAGAAAAUAGCUUCUUUCACUAACGUUGCUAUAAACCUCUCUGUCAAGAGACAUAUAGGCGGUGCUUGCUGCAGGCCAGUGGGUCUUUUUUAUUGCAGUCUGGUGAGUGGAUAGAAUCAUUGCAAGGCUCUGAAACCCAAUCUAAGCUUAAAAUCAUUUUCAACAGGACAGAUUGAUAUUUUUUUUUUCUUUGCAGAGCUGUGUUUGAAAAAAGUUUUUACAGAAAUAUUGCACAAUGCGAGGAGGAUUUGCUGCCUUCUUGGAAACAGUCACCCGUAUAGACUCAGCACCUGUCAUGAAUGUCUAUGCUGCUGCACAGGCUAUAAAUAUUGUAAAAGCUGCUGUUUGGGAGGCAGCACAUAGAAUCCGAUGGGCUGUGGUUAGAGCUCUGAUGAAAUGCUCAGUGAGCACAUUAUUGAGAACAAUAAACACCUCACUGCCCUUGUUUGAAGUGCAACACUCCCUCCUGUGCCUCAGCGUCACGUGUGAUACGCACACGCCUCUUACGCCCGAGCCGUGUUGUCUGUAAAUGCAUUUAAUCUUCAACUUGUGUUAUGAUCCAAAGCUUUUUAAGGCAUGGUAAUCCAUCCCCUCCUAAAAACAAAAAGGGAAUUAUGAGUGUUAAGACUUUCUUUUGCUUUGACUUUGAAGCAUUUGUUCUCCUAACAGGUUUUAACAGGAGCCUCAGAACGCUGUCCAGCUCCUUUCACUGCCCGCUGUGGCGUUGCUCCUUAAUUGGUCUUGAAAAGUCUUGUUCAUGAAGGCCGUGCGGGUCAGCUCAAGUCUCGGUAGUUAUUAAGUCAUCAGACACUCAAUUAACUCUGCAACUGUACCUGAUCUUAUGAAAGAAAAACUUGUAGGGGCAGAAAAACAAGAUACCCCGAGCCAAAUCCGAAUUAAAGUCGGAGUCUGAACUGUUCUUUUGCUAUUUUUGUUCAAAGCUACUUUCAUUGUGGAUUUCAUGAUACAACCCCAAAUCUAAAACAAUGGAGAGUCUUUGUAAAAUGUUGAGAAAAACAAAGUUUGACUGUUUUUCUAAUCAGUUAGACCUUAAAUGUAGCUGAAAAAAGAGCAAGGAAAGCACAUCACUGAAUUUUCCAUCAAUAAAUAGGAAAAAAAAAUUGAAUGUGACGUUGCAGAAAAGUUGGCAGAGUUGUGUAAUGCGAUGUAAUGAACCACACAAAGGGACAUCUCCAGUCUUAAAAGACUCAUGAGUUGCAUAAGUGCUCUUAAAAGUAGGGUUGGGAUAAAAAAUCGAUACAGCAUAGUGUCGCGUUAUUUUGUCGAGUGAUGAAUCAUAUCGUCUCAAUCGACUUAAUGUCGUCUUGCUGAUAUUAAAUCAAAUCUAUGACAAUGGAAAAUAAAAUUAACUGUUCAUCCAGUGAGGUUGGCAGAGGUGACCUCAUAGAGCAGGAGAAAGUUAGCACAUGUAUGUUUAGCAAGAUGUGCUACAUAGAAAUAAAAUACUGUAAGACAAACACAAAGGAAAGCAAAAUGCUAAAUUAGCUCAACGGUUAAAAAAUUGUAUAACUCGCAAUAUAUGGUAUCGCAAUACUCACUGUAUCGCAAGAUGUAAAAACUUGCAAUAAUAUCAUAUCAUGGCCCAAGUAUUGUGAUAAUAUCGUAUUGUGGCCCAAGUAUUGUGAUAAUAUUGUAUUGUGGCCCAAGAAUCGUAUUGUAUAGUGGCCCAAGUAUCAUGAUCAGAUCGUAUUGUGGCCCAAGUAUCGUGAUAAUAUCGUAUCGCAGCCCAAGUAUCAUGAUAAUAUCAAAUCAUGGCCCAAGUAUUGUGAUAAUAUCGUAUCGCGUCCCAAGUAUCGCGAUAAUAUCGUAUCGCGGCCCAAGCAUCAUGAUAAUAUCAAAUCAUGGCCCAAGUAUUGUGAUAAUAUCGUACCAUGGCCCAAGUAUCAUGAUAAUAUCGUAUCGUGGGGCCACUGGUGAUUCCCACCCCUCCUUAAAAGGGGCCUCUCAUAGUGAGGUUUGACACUGUGAGUGACUGCGUGAGUAAAUAUUGUAAGAUGCGAAGACUGCAUGGAGAGAGAUUUAGAGAAUCUGGGGAAAUCAGUGUGCAAAAAGCUCAUGGCUGGAUGUCCUUGAAUUAAAAACAGACCUGACUCUGUAGUGAAGUCUCUGCAUGGGCACGCUGUCUGUAAAUGGUAAAUAAUGCAGGGAUUUCAUUAUAGAAAGAACAAGGCAAAUCAAUACUGCGGUAGAUAACCUUGAUUUGUGGGCCCUCAGGUGGCACUGCAUUCAAAACCGACUUGACUCUGAAGUGGAAAUCACUGCAUGGGCUCAAUAUAGUUAAUUGUUGCAUCCACAAGGAAAAUGUGUAGACCACACCAUUUAAGGUGGAAUGACUCGCAUCAGACUUAUUUUUAUAGGAUGUCUCAGCACUCUUGGUUUGAAGAUGUCCCUGUUUUAAAACCUGAAACUGAGACCGCAGUAUUCUGUCCGUGGGCUGUUGAAGUCUGGUACUGUCUAUUCCUCAGAGUCUCCCUUUUUUUUCAUCGGUCCAAGACUGGAUUUCCUCCAGGCCUGCGCAUCAGUCUGCUCCCUAAGGGUGUCAAACAGGUGGAGUUUUGUUCUACCGGCUCUGCAUCAUAAAGCAACUUAUAGUGAUCCCGGAGUGUCACCAGAAUGAAUAAUGGAAGCAUCUGGUGAAUAAAUAGAGAGAGGGCAGAGCGGGGAGUGAAUCAGAAUAGGUGGUGUACACAGUCCAACUAUAGCGAUUUUCUGUCAGAUGUAAAACUCGCGAGUCCACGUUCCCCAAACACUUUGAGAUAGACUGCGACUUUCUGCUAAUCUUACGCCUGUUAUUACUUGAGAGCUGAGGGAACUUUGGAUAGGUUUUUUUUUUUGCAAGGUUGGCAGAAAGCUAAUCCAAAGGGUUUAAAGCCGGGCUCCUCUUUCUUAUACUUUCACUCCUCUGCUGGUUCAACAUACUCAAACACUCUCCUCGCCAAAUUUUGUUUUGGCGUCUUUACUUUGUCUGUCUGUGGCACUCAGCUGUUACUAAUGACUCAAUGUAUCAGCAGAUGUGUGAAACGAAACUGAUGAUGACUUCAUUUUAGUCCAACCAAUUAGUACACUCAGCAGGAUUCUUGCCGUGAACUGGAGGAAACAAACCUGACACAGAAACAAACCUGACACACAUCUGCCAAUUAAGGACAACGCACAGACAGGAAAUACAAGUGACACCGAUCUGUCAGAGUACAGAGAGCGCUCGAGUCAUGUGGAGUAGUUGCCCUUUGUUUGGGAUUACAUUUCCCUGUGCAGCUAGAAAUACAAUCAAGAACUUUUUACUGGGCCCGACCAAUAUGGAUUUUUUGGGGCUGAUGCCAAUACCGAUUAUUGUGUGUGGGGGGGGGGGGGGGGAUCCGAUUACUGAUUAAUCAGCCAAUUUUAAUUUUUUUUUUAUCAAGUUAGAAUAUAUAUACACACUCCCACCCCCGCCGAUCAGUGCCUCUGCAUCUUUACUCAUGUUAUUCAUUUCCGGUCCGGUCUCAUCUGGAGACAUGCAGCUGCUUCAGUAAGAGAAGUAGCUUGAUCACGUAAUGUGUACUCUUGUUUAUUCUACCAUUUCUGGCAUUUCUAACAGUGUAGCAAGGCUAAUAGCAGAUGGCUAACUCUAACCUUAGCUUGCAUAUUACAUGAAGCUUCACCGUUAACUCGGCGUGACCAAGACCAGCACAGCAGGAAACAUCAUGAAGUGGGUUGAACUGAAACUUGUUGACUUGUUGUGUAUUUCACAAACUGGUUUAUUUAUCGUUGAGGUGGACCAAUCUCCUCCAUGCGUCCCUGAGCUGCCUGCUUCAGAUCGUCACUCUGCUGUGCUGUGAGGUAGUUCGUGGAUGAAGAUUGUCAUGAGGUCGCUGCGCCAUCUACAGGAUAAGUUGGGGAACUUUUCAAAUGGCGGAACAUUUUCAAAGUAAAACCGAAUUUUAUUCCCCGCAUUUUAUUUCUGAAAAUAUUGGCGAAAAUCUGCAAGUUUUGGCCGAUUACCGAUUAGUCUCAAACAGGCUAAAAUUGGCCGAUUUAAUCGGCUCGCCGAUAAAUCGGUCGGGCCCUAAUUUAAAGUUUAUGUGGAGACUUACACUCCAGAGACAGGUCAAGUCUUUGCUGUUAUUCUCUUGAGGAAGUCUAUUUUCAAACUGAACUAGUUGCUCACGCAGUCUCUCACAAAGUUGUGUCCAUUUUUACUCCUGAGAGUCUCAACCUCUAAUAAACGCCUUUUGUAUAACCAGUCGUGUUACUAAUCUGAUGCAAAUCAGAGGGUGUUCCUCAAGGCGCUUUUAUAUUUUUGUUUUUGAGUUAUGUAACUUUUCUCCAAAUUUUUGGAGACAUGCUGCCGGCAUCAGAUGUAAAGAAAAGCAUAAUAUAAUAGAUUUUUAAAUGUGGUCUAUUUGCCAUUUUCAGCUCCAGAUUUUCUAAGAAGCAGUGAACCUUUUUUUUGAGCUGGGGUCGUAAAUCCCGGCCAAUAUACGAUAGCUUCUUUCUAGGUUCGGUUAUGAAAGUAUAUAAAUCGAAGCUGCCACCAUAACUCUGCUUCUCAGCUAUGCUUACCAUGGGAACGAGGAUAUAUCAAACAGUAAAACUUGGUCCGUGGGAAAACAUGAAGUCUGCUUGAUAGCUGUAGAGUGUUUUUAUCAUCUUUUCUCUCUUGUUCUAAAAGAAAAGCAGGACAUGUUUAAUGCAGAUUUGUAGAUAACACAAACUAUACCAUGAUUAGCAGUUAAGUCCUAUUAUGUAGACAUGACAGGCUGUUCUCGGUGCUGCCCUUUAUUAUGUUUACCCUGUGUGUGAGCAGGUUUGUCAACCUUGAGUGUGUGAGUGGCUCCUAGUCUGAGAGUGGAGGUUGUUUAUCAGACAGAGGAUCUUCACCCAUUUGUGAAUCAUAAGACUGUCAUUAGUGUUAUCCUGUGGCCUUUUUACAGCUGCUUUCAAAACAGGCUAUUCACACAGCCGAGAACAGGCAGACACUCCUGAUGAUUACGGGAACAUCACACAGGAUGCAAAACAGUUUCUUACUUAACAACUCCGCAAAACUGACUCAUUUUUUUUCACACUUUGCUUGAAACGUGCCAGUCUUUCUCGAUACAGCAUCCUCAGACUCGAUUUAUCUACAUUUACCAGUCCUCUGGGCGCUGGUUACUCAACACUAAAUAAAACGCGCUCCUCCUGAAAACGGCGGUAAUGCGCAAAGAAAGAUACAUCUGCCGGAUGCAGAUGUCUUCCCUUACAAAAUGCACCUUGAUGCCACAAUACACUUGUGUAAUCCGUGCGCUCAUUUCUGGAGAACUAAUUACUGCGCAUUAGUUAAACAGACCAUUUGAAAUGCAAGCCCACUAAAUCGCGCUUGCCAAGGGAGCAGGCAGAGCCGCCCCCCUCCUCCCUUCUCCAUGCAGUCUUUGUGUUUCUAUUAUUAGUUCUAUCAUGCAUAUGUUUGCUAUCAGAAAUUAAGGCCCACCAGCUGAGAACAGUGAGAGAGGAGGCUGUGCGGUACACAAGGUAUUCAGCGUAUGAAAAUAGUUUUUUUUUUUUUUCCCUCCUCUUUGUAUCCUGAUUCACAUGUUCGGAUGUAUGAAGUGUGCAUGUGCAAAGCAGUCCUGAAAGGGGUCCCACUGCAUUCAUCUUGCCAUAUGAUCUGCUGCCAGCUGUUUGAACUACUGCACUGCACGAGACAGUACACAGCUGAUGGUGCUUAAACAGGCCACUGAUGAUGAUUGUAAAGACGCAGCCCAAAGCAGCCGGCAGAGCGUGGGGGCAUGAGCCUCAUCUCCCUGGUCACCCAGGCUGAGUGUGUGUGUGUGUGUGUGAGUGUAUGAGUGUGUGUGUUGCUGCAGCACCGCCAAAAGGAUCUUAGUGUCUGCGUGGUGGAGCAGUACAACAGAGGGACUGCAACCUAAGUCCUAGCCAGGAGGAGGAUGUGGGGUUGGCUUAUUUAUUCAAAGCUGCAAAAGUUUGGUGCAGCUGGUCUACUUGAUGUAUUAACUUUGGUUCCCUUUAGCUGUAAACUGUCAGGUAGGACUUUAUAAAUGUUUGAACUGAUUAAUAGUUUCUCUUUAAUUUCAGAAUGAUCUUUUUCCUCUAAAUUUACAAAAAAUAAAAAUUAAGAAAAUCAGCCUCAUGUUCUUCUGAUCCAUUAUUGAAGUUAAGUGACGGUUUGAACUUAACCACCUGCAACAUUUAAGUGAACUCAAUAAUGCACUAGUAGAUAUAAUCUAUUAUUGCAAAUAGGGCUCGGCGUUAAAAUGAUAACGAUGCAUAUAGAAAAUUAAUUUCCGUCAAUAUCAAUAUAAAACAUUGUCAAUAUAAUUUUAAAUAGUCGGCAUUCUGCCAUGUUUGGUAGACGAUACGAAUAGUAAAUGAAAAGGGGAGUUGAAGUAGCAAACAACUACUUAGUAGCAGGCUGCAGCUAGAACUUUUACAACCAUGGAACUUUAACACGUGAAGCCAACAGCACAGCAAAAAAGAAAAUGAGGGCUACCCCCGGCAAAAAUGCAGAUAAAGGCUCAACAGAUGGUUGAUAACACUGGCACGAAAACGUCGUUGGUUUGGAGGUAUUUUGUUUUUUUGAGGUCGGACAUGAAGCAGAGCAAUAUGCACUGCAAAUUAUGGGGAAUACCUCAAAUCUUUUUCACCAGCUGAAGCAGUGCGACGCAGCAGAGCACACGCACAAUGCAAAAGGUUACAAACCCCGAGUGGAACAAGGGGCCCAUGGCGCUUGUGCAUCCGAAACAGUCAGCCAUUCAGUUCACUUUCUCUAGCACAACGCUUUACGACAAAACGUUGAAGAGACACAAAGACCUCACAGAUGCAAUAGCUUAUUGUAUUGCAAAAGACGUUCUGCCAGUAAGCACUGUUAAAUUUUAUUUAUUAUAUCGUGAUAUAUAUUGCGAUAUAUAUCGACUGAUAUGAAAAAAAUAUGUUGUGAUAAACUUUUCCCAUAUCGCCCAGCCCUAAUUGCAAAAUGUAACUUUACUUUCAUCACAUUAAGCAUAUUUGGAAGUAGUUACUAAAUUACUUCAAGCUCCUUUUGGCUGAAAUUCAUACUGAUGCCUUUUAAUGAUAUCCAAAAGCAAACAAGACCAUCAGGGAUGAGACUGAUGUGACGGGUGCGAGGGGGUAGGUGUCAAGAAACAGGCCUGUUUCCAUGUCAAAUAUUUACAAUAAAUGACACAAUUGACUGUCAAACGUCAAAAGGUUGAGAUUUUUUCGGCAAGAUAAGCAAGGACUGCUUUGUCCACAGGGGGGCGCCUAAACUGGCACAAAUCAAAAGCCCCUCACUUGAGCUUUAAAUUUAUUUUUAAAGAUAGUAUGGAGCACUUUUGACUUUUAAGCAGAAAUAUUUUCAUAUUUACUCGAAAUGCAUACAUGUUCCUUACGUUUGUUAAUCAUCAGUAUCAGUAUAUUAUAGUUUUUCUUGCUCCACAGUUUUGUUUUGUUUUUUGCUGUUGCUCCCAACUUUUUAAAGUGCUAAAAAAGUAAAAUAGUUGAUUUUCAGACCUGCUUCUUGGCUGCCUACCUCUGUACCCUUAACUGCCAUAAUUAGGCUUGGGACAUUGGAGUAACUGGCCCCAUUGCUCUGGGUAAUUUGGAAAGUAAUGGAGCCACAAAUAUUCUUAAAGGCUGAUAAGUCCAAUGGGCACAUCAAAUACUUCUCGCUGUCCUUAUCCAGAUUCAGACUCUUACAAUACUAAAAAGGAAUGAUACUAUACAGUGUAAGACCUUUACUGGCAAGCAUUUGCAUUGAAUUAGAUCACUUUAUGUGCACCUUCGAGGCGUUUGUAAUGGUUUCCCUUGGACUGACACACACUUUGCAAAUUCAGCUCCGGUGAGCACAUCAUAAACCUGGAUCCAAGUGCGCCGAGUAGCGUGCAUAUUAUCCAGUUGACAGUUUAAGACAUUAUUUUUAGAUAAUACGAACACGGCUGUAGUCAUGUUCUGUCCUCGUCACUGUCAAAGCAAGUAAAGCAUGCUGCAGCCACAAAUAGCCCAUAAGGCAGGAGCCUAAUUCCUGUUUCUGUAGCGUGAGGCAUCUUGAUGUACAAGUAUGAGGGGCUUGUUAUCCCUAGUGGCACCCGACAGAGCCAUUCUCCCAACUCCGUCAAGACUGAUAAAAGUCACUCCAUAUUUAUGUUUUUUAAACUUAUCCAGUGGGUAUCUUGUGGGUAGAAUUCCUUCAGUUUCAUUCUUGUUUGAAAACGCCUCGCUGACACCUCAGUUCGUCGCGUUUUAUGACCUCAGUCCACCUCAUUACUAGGCUACCUGCAGACGCGGUGAUUUAUGGGUCUUGACAACAAGGUGGUUGAAGGAGUACAUUUUAAUUCACACAAGUCUGAGGCUUGCUGUCAGAACCAUAUAAAUAGUGUUUAAUAUACCGUCCUAUCAUCUCCAUGUCUGAAAGCUAAAAUGUAAAUGUAAUAUAUACUCAUGACAGAGAUCAAACACCAUGAUGAUGGAUCACGGGCUCGUAUGGAACAGCUCUGAGACUGAUUACCAUCCCAAGACUAAGCCUCAGUGCAAAUACCAAGAAUGAGUUCUACUUUCACAGUGGCAACUAUCUCUCUGAGGGUUAGAGGAAAGGCGUUGGGAAUAGUUGAUACUUUCUCACUUUAACCGUCAACACAAAAACUAACAGUUAAAUCACAUUUUCAGUCAGGACCACUUAGAUCUCUCCUCUUUAUUUGUAGGUAUGAGUUUGUUCCGAGAGCUCCCAGCCCCUCCACGUGCAUACAUGGUACUCCGAAGCUAAGGCAGGGAGAACAGCAGCGAAGUUGGACUUUAUAUUGCAUUCAAGUUACCUUUGAAGUCAGAAGUCCAAGCUGAAAGUGACGUCACACCCGAGUUACCAGCGUUUCAGUUACCAAGUCGGAAAUAAGCAAAAUCGGAGGCGGAAACAAGAUGGCUGCAUACAAAAGUUGUUUAAGCGCUUGCCUUGUCCGAAUAUAAGGCAAGCGCUAAAAUAACUUCUGAAGUAACUUGAACACAGUAAUAAUCCCAUUUGAUGAGGGCAGGUAUUGGGUAGGGGUGUCCCGAUACAACUUUUUACUCCGAUGCGAUACCGAUAUUGAUCCGAUAUUGGCGCAAGCUUGUGCAUGACAAGUUUUGCACUCAGUUGUAACUUCUUUUUCGGAAUAAUACGAAAAAUACUGCCACACGGCAGACAUCACCCUGAUUCUUUGCUACUUUGUUAGUACCUUAGUACACACUGUUGUUGUGAUCACGUGGGCUCUGCGUGCUGGAUCGGGGCACUGCUAGAUAGAGGUGCUGGAGCGGAGUCUGGAAUGGACUACCUGUAUCCGAGUGCUGAUAUCAGAGACGUUAGAUGCAGGCCGAUAUAAUCUGAUAUUUGUUUUUUGGCUGAUAUGGGACCGAUAUCCAAUAUCAAUAUCGGUUAGAUCAGCCGUUGAACUGUGUUCUGAGUUUCACUUUGUGGCCUGCCUGGACUAGCACGACCCCCAAUUUUAAUUAUCGUGGCGCUUAACAGAAGAGUAAAGGUGAUUUUUUAACUCUUUUUUUAAAAUCAGAUCUUCAUUAUUAUGCACAUAGAAAUGCCUGACAUUUCAGAAACACUCUACAACACAUGCUUUAUGUAGUCACAUGUAAGCUGAUGUAAGCAUCUUUCACUGAAGUGCGAGACUCUUCUUUAACUGACAAAAAAACCCAUUCAGAGGGGCUAUGUAGGACUCCUCUAAGGCACUGUAAUAAAGUCUUCAAGUUGAACCUGAACAAAUCAUAACGACCCUCGCAUGUGAUGAUCUACUAUUAAUACCCGUCAUCUCCUUUGCCUUUAGAAACAGGGCAGUUUCAUUCUCAGCGAUCUUCAGAUUAUAAUCAAACCUGAUCCACUUGAAAACACUGCACUUUUUUCCUGAUAUUAUGCACCUAUUCACUGCAACAGUACAUCUUAUAGCUGGCUCCAGAGUAGUGUGAAUAUGCUAUUUCUGGGAUUGUAAGUGGCUAAUGCCUUUUGUGUAUGUGCCUGGAGAAAGCUCAAUGUGAGAAAAAUCUUCCAUCUACAGAUUUUUCUUCUCCUCGCUCCCUCAUCGACUGAGAACCAGCUCUUUCUUUCCCUCUAACUCAUCUCAUCUGAUGUCGGAUGAUGAUUUGGCUUCACACUCAUGCAUGAGGGGAGUUCUCAUAGGGCUUCGCUAGACCUCUAAUUGAAUUGUCUGAACAGCAAGAGAUGCGCAUUUAAAUUUGAAAAGAAAAGAGAGACCAGCACUGGGAGAAGUGUUUCAUCUCUCGUGCCCGUCACGCUGAGUUCCAUGCAACAUUGAUUACCUGGGGAAAAAAAAAAAUGGAUCGGUGAGAGAAGUCUUUUUGAAAUAUUGAGGACGGAGUGCAAGAGGCGAAUGCCUUCCCAUAUCUGCCCCCAGCAGUAUCAUCAUGCAGCCUGCGAUAACAUCUGUCAAUAGUCUGUUUCAUUUCACAUUGUCUCACGAACCAUCAGGGUCACAGAGGUGAGUGCCUCAGGUACAGUGACCGCCACCUGGCUGCUGAGACAGAUAAGUAAUGAAAGUAAAUGACCGGAGAGAUCCUCAGGGGAAGAGUUCUGGAGCCAUCUCAAAAUUGCAUACGUAAUAGGCUUUGAGAAAUCAGAUUUGAAGUGAAAUUUAAUUCCAGCAUGUAAUAUAUCCCAAUAAUAAACACGGCUAAUUUGACCUCAAAGUCAGAUAUGGUCAUUUUAUCCAGCCGUCUCUGACAUCUAUGUGACGAAACACAUUUGGGAGACUUAAAGCGGUCAAAUUUUGAGACGUUAUGAUGUCGGGAGCCUAUAAUAUUUAACCACUUAGAUUUUUUUUUCACACAUCCUCCUCUUAAUCUCCUCAAAAGGGAUAAAAGCAACAAUAAAGCAGAUCGAAUAUACCCAUCCUCUAUGUCUGAAUCUCAAAUGCACAUAUGCAUAAUAAAUCAAAGGAGUUAUUUAUUUUUAUACUGUCAGGUUAAUGUUCAUACCGUUUCUCCAGUUUCAUUUACGAGGGGUACAAAGAUGACACGAAAGGCUGUCCUCCAAAAUGCAAACGAGACUCACUGACAAUAGCCGAAGUCGACAAGAUUUGCUGCUUAUCACGAUUUUUUAUGCGUCUGCAGGAUUAUUGGCUUUACAAACGACGUGUGCAUUUGUCAUUUGGAGAGAUGUUUCAAUAGCUGGUCUCCAUAUUGUUAUCGGCGCAGGCUGACAAACAGCACUGGAUGUCCCUGAAGGCGAGAGCACGCAGCUAAUUAUUCUGCUCCAUUCUGUCUGAUGUUUCGGUGAUUCCCUUUGGAGAGGAGUAAAACGGAUUAUUAAGGCUUUAAGUUUGAGGACUGUUUUUGUAGGUAGACUCUUAAUGAUGAUUUCAAGAGAUUUACAUACGAUAAAGAAGUUGUUAAGGUUUAUUUUCCUGCUUCAAAUAACAACUAGCAAAUAUUCCUCGCGGUACUUUGAUGUUCCCCAGGUCAGGAGAGCGCAAGGGUGUAAGUCUCGGUCUACUGUAGCUGAAUAGUUAAUGGUAACCUGGGGGUACACGCUUGAGCACAUCAGAGACAUCGAAGAAAGUUUCGACUCGGCUCAUAACUCUGGGUUCACCCUUAUAGGAAGAAAAUAAACCAAAGCGAGAUUAGCUUGGCAAAAAAUGUGAAAGAGAAUAAAAAAGUAGGAGAUUUAUGACUUUCAAGUGCUGCUUUUGUCUUCGAAGUUGAGAGCAAACUGGAGGGGUUCUGGUCACGAGUCAUCACAAGCCAUCUGAGCUGUGGGUUUGUAAUUUAGUGUAUUUUCUCUUUGUUUCUCACUGUGUAGUAUAUUUAAUUUUGAAUAUGCUGAGGUAAAUAUCGUCACUCAAGCGAGCUGCUUCCAGGAUUGUUACUCGGCUAAGCAAGUUGUGAAAACUAUUAUUUCCAGGCCAGAAUGCUCUACCAUCCAUAUGUAAACAAACACUCUUCUGCACCAUUUUCAACCAGAAAAUGUGAAUGAAAUCGUAUGGCCGGUGGUGCUAGCUCUGCUGGUGUUCGCUUUGUAAUCCUGUCUGCUUUGAAAUACCACAUAAAGGACUAGGUAAUUACUUGUUGUGUAACAUCCAUCAUUGCAAAGCCACAAAUUGAUGCUUUGUUUUUCACACCAGCUAUCUGACUCACUCAGAAAGCAUUCAUUAAACAUGGAGUCUGCUGGUAAUCACUGUCAUAUUGCUUCCCUGAGUGUGGCUAACAUCAUCAGCGGCAUUGAAUACUCGCUGCAGGUUAAUAUCCUCAUGCCUGUUUUGGUUUACUCACUUCUCCGACUGAGUAGUUGUGAGCCAAUUCAACCGGACAGCCCACAUAAGAGUUAAUCUCCGUUUUGUGGAUCAAAUAACUGAUCUGCAUUCUCCACCAGAGGUGCACUCCGGUCUGCAUUCUGCAUGACUUCUUCUACCUUCUUCAGGGAAAAGUCGGUGGGAAACACCCUUAUUAAAAACGUGCCCUACAUUUCAUUGACUCUCAAUGGAGAGAAAGUGAUUUAUGGUCAAAGAGAGGUCGAGCACCGUUUAUAGACGGAUUAUGAGUCAGAGGUUUGAGCCUCUGACAAACUCCGUUCUCCACAGGCUGAAAUACUGGGCUUGCCUAGUCUUGUUUGAAUAAAGCUCUCCAGAUGCUUAUCUCAUUCGUUAACAAGAGCAGCUGUGUCUUCCUGCCGUCGUCCGACUUCUUAUCUCUUUGAAGAACUCUGUAAGUGAACGGUGGAUAUCUACUUCUCCUUGAUCAUGAGGAGAUGGCUACACUUCCCCACCGGGCCCCCGAGAGUGAUCUACCCUUUGAUCCAUUGUGAUUUUAGUCAAAUUAACGUAAUGGAUUGAGAUGUGGCGCUGAGGCAUGCCAUCAUUAAAAUCGCAUUGCGGCGCUUCUCACAUCGUUCCAAAUAAAUCCAGUUUAAAAUGAAGUCUGAGUUCUCUGUUAGGGCUUGUUUUCAGCGGGCGGCACCGUCCGUGUGCUCCAGACGCUUCAGAGCAGCACAAUAACACUAUCAAAUUAACACAUUUAGCGAUCAAAUUGAUGAACAUAGGUGCGGUUUGCUGAUUAAUUCACUGCAAAGUCAGCCAAGCGAGAGUUAAUUGCUCGAACAGUAAAGACACAAUCAUUUAUUUCCAGUUGGGUGUUUUAAAAGCCCGUUGUAAAUCUUUUCCAAGACGAGAAUUCUAAAUGAACCGGAGUGACUUCUGCAUUUGUAUGAGUCACGCUGAGUAAGUCUGUGUUCAAAUGAGUCCUGAAUACAAAGGGCAGAAAAAUCAGUCAAAUGAGAGAGCCAUUUCUUUGAAUGUACCAUUAUCCCACUGUGAGUCGCUGAACAGAGAUGCCAUCUUACUGUCAUUGCUCAUCUUGUGAAAUGUAUUUACUCAUUGGUAAAAUCCAUCAUCUAGUUGGAAACUCAAGAUUGUGAUGACUGUUUGAUAUGGAUUAUUAGGAUUCUCGUUAGCUGUUUCACUUGAUUAAACUCAUGUUCCCUAUAGCCACUCAGGAUACAUUACUGCAAAUGUGUUACAAAAUACCAUGUGAGGAUCUCGAAAGGGAUAAGACUGAAUUGCAAAGAGAAAGUUUUAUGUGAACAGAAGGACAUACAUGUGCAUAAACAUGAUACAGAAAUGCUGACAUUUAAGAUGAACUGAGGGGAAGUGAAAAACCGUCAUUAGAUCAGACAAAUCAAAAUUAGACUCUCUUUUUGGAAAUCAUGGAUGCUGCAUCCUAAAUAGAGGAAGGAGUUUUAUUUUGCAUGGGCUUCUCGUACAUAUGCAACACAAAAAAUGUUUUUUUUUUGCCCCCUUUUCAAUUAAACAAAGACUUCAAAUGAUUUGCAAAACAUCAAAUUCAGAUUUAAAAACUUUUUUCACAGGGUCCCAACUCAUGUAACUGGGGGCUGUAAUUCUAUGGUAUAUAACCUUUCAUCCAAGAAGAGUGUGACCUCCACUCAUGCAUAGAUUGUGCCAUGCUUGUAUUUUUACGCCAUAAUGCUUUCAUACAAAGACAUCCAAGUUCAUGUACUCUGGCACAUGAAACUUGUAUGACACGUGCGCAUAGUUUAAGAGUGUCAUAUAGACCCAUGUAUUAAAUUUGUAUAAAACCUUGUAAAACAUGUACACUCAAUGCUAUUUUCUUUUUCUUCCUAUCCCUUCUUCCCAUAUCUGUCUCCACAGACAUCUCGAGGCGAAAUGCUGCCCUGUAUCAUUUUCAUCGGCUUGUUCCUCUCUGCGGUCCAAUCCCAAGAUAUCCAUCCCUCAGAGGCAUCAUCCUCCAUUAGCGAGUCUUGUGACUCCUUGUGCUCCUGCGAGGGAAAAGAUGGCAUCCUUCAUCUGAACUGCGAGCAGAGAAACAUCAGCAAAAUCUCCCAAAUCAAAAUCCCAGCAGGUGUGCCCUUCCACCUGAACCUUUACAAAAAUGACUUGGUCGAACUCCGUGCAGAGGAAAUGGAAGGGCUUAAGAAUGCCCUUUCGCUGCACAUUGGGGGUAAUAGCAUACAAGAGCUGGAGCCGGGGGUCUUUAGCUCGCUGGGCUCACUGAAAAAACUCCACAUAAAUAGCAAUUUCCUCGUCACUUUGAAAGAGGACACUUUUCAAGGCCUGGUGAACUUGGAGUUUCUCCAAGCCGACACAAAUUUCAUACGGGUCAUCGAGCCGGGGGCCUUCAACAAACUGAUCCGCCUCAAGGUCCUAAUCCUCAACGAUAAUUCCAUCGAGUUUUUGCCCAGCAACAUUUUCCGGUUCGUUCCCCUCACCCACCUGGACUUACGUGGCAACAAGCUUCAGACCUUGCCUUAUGUUGGGUUUUUGGAGCACAUCGGACGGAUUAUGGAACUCCUCCUUGAGGACAACGACUGGGUCUGUGACUGUGAUAUUUUACAUCUGAAAAUCUGGAUGGAGAACAUGAGGGCCCAGUCGGCUUUGGGGGAUGUGGUCUGCACGACACCACAUCAUCUUAAGGGGACUAUUCUUGCUAAAGUCAAGCGGGAUGUUCUGUGCCCCUCUCACGCAGACAUCAACCUGGAGGAGCCGUCUAAGUCACUGGAUAUGGUCGUGACCCCCUCAUCCAAAGUGGCUCAGAUUCCCAAGGUGAACAACGCCAAAGACGACGCAAAGGUACCGACACCGUCUCACAUUCCCGGCAGCCCUUGUGUGGAGCACUGCUCUUGUCACAAUCACCCUGUGGCUGGGUUUUUGAUGCAUUGUCAGGACAGAGGGAUUCAGAAGGUGUCUGAUAUCGGAAUACUUCAACAGAGCCCGACUAAGCUGGUCAUGACGGGGAAUAUGAUCCAGAAACUUUUCAAGUAUGAUUUUGUCACCUACGAUAGCUUAGAAUUGCUCAACCUUGCGAACAACAGGAUUGAUUACAUCGAUAAUGAAACUUUUCUCAGCUUGAGCAGUUUGAAAAAGCUGUACUUGAACGGCAACAGAAUUGAGAAACUCUUCUCCACGAUGUUUGUGGGACUGCACAACCUUGAAUACCUGUAUCUGGAAUACAAUCUUAUCAAAGAGAUUGCUCCAGGCACUUUUAAUCCCCUGCCAAACCUGAAGCUGUUGUCAUUAAAUAACAACCUGCUCAGCUCCCUCCCAGCGCAGAUAUUCCGCAACGUGCCCCUCACCAAAUUAAACUUGAGGAAAAAUCUACUUAUGCAUCUGCCAGUGAGCAACGUGCUUGAUCAACUUGACUCGCUGGAGCAGAUUUAUUUAGAGGACAACCCCUGGGACUGCAGCUGUGACUUGCUGAGCCUCAAACAAUGGGUGGAGAAACUCAGAAAGGACACGGUGGUGGGCUCCAUUUUGUGUCAGACCCCGAAUAAAGUGAUUCAGGCUGAACUGAGAAGCCUGCGUCAUGAGGUGCUAUGUCCCGGAUUGGGGACGUACUUCCCGAUGUCUCCAGACGGAGAGGAGAGUGUCACAGCUACCCUGGGGCCUGACAGCGUCGACAAAGGUUUAUUCAGCUCACUCACAGACACCGUCCCCCUCUCUGUGCUCAUCUUAAGCCUUCUUAUGUUUGUCCUUAUGAUUAUAUUCUGCGCAGCCGGAUUGGUGGUGUUUGUGGUGCACCGGCGUCGGCGCAGGGCUAAGAAAAAAGCAGCAGAGGAGCAGCCGCGUGAAAACAGCAGCAGCCCCAUCCACUUACACUAUAGCAUGUACGGACAAAAAACAACACACCACACUCUGACACAAAGAACGGGGUCCGCCACCCUCUAUGAGGAGAGAUCACACAGCCCUAUCGUGCAGAUCUGCCGCAACCCCACGUACUGCUCCCAGCACAAGGAGCACGACGCCGAGUUGGAUUACAGCAUGGACGACCCGAGCACUAAGCACCAGUUCUGCCGGAGUAUCAUGGAGAAGGAGAACACUUCCCCGCUCACCGGAAACCCCAGCUCAAAGUUCAGACCCAUGACCGGAGAGUGCCCCGCAGAGUUCGUCACUCUGGGUAAUCCCAACUCUUUGUACAGGAACAUUCUGGAGCGGGAGAAGGAGCUGCAGCAGCUCGGUAUAACAGAGUACCUUCGCAAGAAUAUGCCUCAGCUCCAGUCUGCUGUUGACAUGCAGGUCCCGGGGCACCAAGAGGAGUUAAAGCUAAUGGAAACAAUUAUGUACUCAAGACCACGCAAGGUCAUGCUGGAGCAAACUAAGAACGAGUACUUUGAACUCAAGGCCAACUUGCAUACUGAACCAGAUUACUUAGAGGUUCUGGAGCAUCAAACUGCAUUUAACUGAGAGUACACAAACAGAAAACAACUCUAUAUAAUAUAAUAUUACAUUUGAACCAAGUGCCUUGUCCUGUUUGCCCUCUUGUACUUUCCACAGUGUGAAAUAUAUACCAUGGGCACAUCACUUUCAGUUGAACUGUAGCACAGAAUGUAACUGGUUUCUUCUUUGUUACCUGUAUGCGUUGACAGCCAUGUUAUGUAGCUGGUGAGAAGUGUAUUUUUGGCCAAAUAGAACCUAAAGAAGCUACCACAGUCUGUUGAGCAGACCUGGCUUGAAACCAACUUUGAAAUUAGAGCUCAAUCAGCAUUCUAUGAUUGAUGAAAUAUCCACGGCGCACUGCAGCCAACUUGAAUUGAUCCGCAUAGCGCUCACCCCCCUCCCCCUUCCCCUCCCUUAUGUGACAGCCCGAUAGGAUAAAGCAGAUGUUUGGAAAGAAGUGGGUGAAUUUCAAUCACCACUUGACCCAGAAUUGCUGUUUAAUCAGUCUAUCCUUACUCGGGGUAUGACCUGAUUACACCCCCUGUCAACACGAGCCAGCUGGAAUCCUGUAUCCAUAAUGCUCAUUGUGCCGUAGAGUCAGCAAAAUGCCAACCGUAUAUCGGAAAACAGUGAUAGGAGCGCGGGUCCACUGCUGAUCCGUCACUUGUUUUGAUCAAUACAAGACGCUGCACAGCUGCAGUCAUAGGACCUCUAUUUAUUUUUAUACAGAGUGGUGAUAUUCACAGAAAGGAUGUGUAUUCUUCUCUCAAUCAGUAAAUACGGCACUUAAAGUACAGUAUAUUCUACACAACUGUAAUCUUGUAAAAAUGCAUUGCACUAAUCAAAUGCCAUAAGAUGGUGCAUGACAAUCAACUGAAUCCUGCUGAUUUCUUUUUUUUCUGUUUGUUUGUUCGUUUGUUUGUUUUUUAUUUUCGACUGAGCCACAAAUGAGUGUGAUCCUUCAGUGUGUGUGCCUGUAUGUGAGACUGCGUUUCAUGCGACUAAUUUAUGUCUGAAGAUAUUCAAGCAGCAUUCAGGAACAAAGCUCCUCCACGCUGGAACUGUUUUGAACUCCUCAAAGACGGGAUAUGUUACACUGUUAGCACACUUAAUGGGUACUGAUGAGCGCCGUCACCCAGGAGCUCCAGUUUUUCAUACGGACCACCUGCCGACUGACUUCAGCUGACCCCCUUCCCUUCCCCACCCUCUGUUAAAAGCAAUGGACUGCUGUUGGGACAGUGCAGGAUUUAUACUAUACACUCCCUUCAUACACAUUCAACUUUGAAACGGUUCAUGUAAGCACACACUCUGUAGCUUUUCUACUUAACUAGAUUGAAUUAUUUAUUCUGUAUAUUUUGUAUAUACUUAUGUUCCAUUCUAUCUUUGGUUUUUGUGUGCCUUCAGUGCUGUACAGAAUAUAAACAGAAGUUGUAACUGAUAAACAGGAAAUAAAGAGUUGAAAUAUUCCAUAGAC